CUCCAAUGGAGCACACGUCUGACAACUGACUGCAGUCCACGGUUCACCCAGGUCAUGGCUUUGGAGACGAGGAACGCUAAAUGUCAGGAACUGUAAACACAGCGUGUGACUGAAGGGGACAUAUUUUUAUGUAACGCACACACGCCAUCUCUUGUUUCGCUACCAUAGAGACAGGGAAGCUCAAGGGAUUAAAUGCUGUUCAAGUAGCAAUUCACUUGUGUAUCUAACCUAGCCCUCUAAUACAAUCGUUUGAGACCGGAUCGGGGUUAUAUGUCUCGUACAUUCAACUGAACGCCUCUGCACAGACUGGUAACCUAUUACGACCAAGGCAACUAUAUUUUCAAGAGAUCAGACAUCCCGAUUGAAGAAGACUUGGGGGAAACGUUAGCUAAUAAGCUAACAACAAAGCUAUCUUAUCACCAUGUCUGCUGGCCAGACUGAGCAGGACAAUUCAAUGGCCAGUUCAAAGUGGCUUGAUGCACAUUAUGACCCUGUCGCCAAUCUUUACACCUUCUCCUCUUGUAUGGCGCUUGCUGACUUGCAUGGGGAUGGGGAGAGUAAGCUGGUGGUGGGUGACCUGGGCACGGGUGCCAACAACAUGAAGCUGAAGGUGUACCGUGGCACGGGCCUGCUGAGCGAGAACACGCUGCUGGACCUGCCCACGGGGCUGGUGGCCUUCCUCAUGGACCAGCACGAGCCCCCGACGCCGGCCGUGGCUGUGGCCUCGGGGCCCUUCAUCUACGUCUACAAGAACCUGCGACCCUAUUUCAAGUUCACGCUGCCCUCGCUGGAGAUCAACGCGCUGGAGCAGGACGUCUGGAACCAAGCCAGGGAGGACAUGAUUGAUACAAUGACGCUGAAGGAAAUGCUGGAGGGAAUAAGGGACAAGGCAGAAGUUCCACUCUCAGUGAGAUCAUUAAGGUUUCUCAUGUUGGAACCACAGGAGAUGGCACCUUUUGUGAACAUGUACAAAGACCAGCCUAUACGCAGACAGACGGUCAUCACGUGCAUAGGCACACUGAAGAAGAACAUGGCGGAUGAGGAUGCUAUCAGCUGCUUGGUGAUCGGAACAGAGAAUAAGGACAUCUUCGUCCUGGACCCAGAGGCCUUCACCAUCCUCUCCAAGAUGUCUCUGCCCAGCGCUCCCACCAUGAUGGACGUCACGGGACAGUUUGACAUUGAGUUCCGCAUCACAGUGGGCUGUCGUGAUGGAAACAUCUACAUCCUGCGCAGAGACUCUGCACAGCCCAAGUACUGCAUUGAGCUGUCGGCCCACCCAGUGGGGCUGGUGAGGCUGGGGAAGAAUGUGGUGGUGGGCUGCGCUCAGGAGACCCUGCAGUGUUACACGCAGAAGGGUAAGAAGUUGUGGACGGUGUAUCUGCCUGCGGCGGUGACCACUAUGGGUCUGAUGGACCUGCCUACCAAGGGCUUCCAGGCGGUGCUGGUGGCUCUGUCCAGCAUGGAGGUGCACGUCUACCGCGACAAGAACCUCGUCAGCACCAUCAGGACACCGGAUGUGGUCACCAGCAUUUGCUUCGGCCGCUACGGACGUGAAGACGGUACCUUGGUCAUGACUACAAAAGGGGGAGGUCUGAUUGUGAAGAUCCUGAAGAGGACGGCUGUGUUUGAGGACCGUGACUCGGCCCCCGGGCCACCUCUGGCCCAGAGCAUCCGACUCAACGUGCCCAAGAAGACCAAGCUGUACGUGGACCAGACCAUGAGGGAGCGGGAGAACGCUGUGGUGAUGCACCGGGCGUUCCAGAUGGACCUGAGCCGCCUGCGUCUGGCCGCGGCGAGAGCCUACGUGAAGGCCCUGGAGUCCAGCCUCACGCCCAUGUCCGCCAGCAUAACCGAACCACUCAAGAUGAACGCUGUGGUCCAGGGCCUGGGCCCGUCCUUCAAACUGACGCUGAACAUCCAGAACACGGCGGCCAGCCGGCCCGUCAUGAACCUGGUCAUCUACUUCCUGUUUGACGAGGGCCUGUACAGCAUGAGCACCGCCUUCUUCAAGAUCCCUCUGCUGGUCCCUGGCCUGAACUAUCCCAUUGACACCUUUGUGGAGUGCUUGACUGACAAAGGCAUCUCAGACAUCAUAAAAGUGUUUGUGCUACGAGAGGGCAAGAGCACCCCUCUGCUGACAGCCCACAUUAACAUGCCUGUGAGCGAGGGUCUACCCCUCAACUGAAGCCACACACACACACACACACACACUAACGGCCAAACACACACCAAGCUCAGCUACUCCAGUACACCAGGAGACAGCCUAGUAGCAAGCUAGUGAAGCAAGACUGGCAUCCAGAAGACCAAAUUGAUACAUCCCCCUGUGGAUGUACUGUAUCAAUAGAGGAAUGGAGCAGGCAGCUUGAGCUGUCCUUUCAGGCCCCUGCAGGCUUCCGUAGAGUAGGUGAAUGAGGGGGCUAACAUGCCUCGUAAGCUAACUGAGAAAGAGGCCCUAUCUCAAUGCCCAGUGUUCUAGCCUUGCUAGGACGUGAAACGCC